GCCAUCCGCUUCCGGUCACCCUGUGAGAGCCCUGGGAGGUCGUUGGACUUUUAGCCAAAGCUCUGCUUUCUCUACACUUCCUCUAGAAAAAGAAGCCAUGACCCAGGUCCUGGAACCAGUGACAUUCAAGGAUAUUGUUGUGGACUUUACCCAGGAAGAGUGGAGACAACUGAGCUUUUCACAGAGGAAUUUGUACAGAGAAGUGAUGCUGGAGAACUAUAGGAAUCUCAUCUACAUAGGAUGUCACCCCUUCAGAACCAGUGCUGUCUCUCAGCGGGAGUUAAGAGAGGAGGCAUGGAUGAUAAAAGCACCCCUGCAUAGUACUUGUCCAGGAAUAUCAACUGAGGUAUCCAGAAGUGGGGACUCUGUGGUGAAUUGUCAAGGGAUUGUUGUCACAAAAUUAGAAAAUCAAGAGCUUUUGCCUUGGGAAAUUACUAAGCAGGUACAUUCCCCAGACACUUUUGUGAGUGACUGCCAAAAUUCUGAAGGAAGCAGAGAUCAUUUCCUGACCCGAGAAGACAUCACCAAGGACAAAGAGCUGUUGAGGAAAAUCCAUCCCAUGGGAAGUGAUUCUAUGAAGUUCUAUUGUCAUCUUGGGUCUAAAUUAUCAGAACAAACUUCAUUGCUUCAGGAUGAACUAAUAGACCAAAGUAGCCACAAGGAAGAGUACACCUGUGUGUGUGGUAAGUGUCCAACAAUUUACUUUUGGAAAUCACAGUUUGUCACUUGUAGUCAUCAGAAGAACCAAGCAAAAGUGAAAUGGAAUAACUGUGAAUAUUUCCUUAAGAAAAGUCCACAUUUUGAAAGAAAUAGAAAAAUCUACAUGGUUGAUAUGCAGUGUAAACAUGUUCAGGGAGCUGAUGACUUAAGUUUGAACUUAAACCUACAUAAUGAUCACAGAAAAAGUGUGAAAGAGAAGUCUUUUAAGUGUAACGGUUGUGGAAAAGACUUCAGUUGUAGAUCAAAACUAAAUCGACAUAUGAUGAUCCACACUGGGAAGAAACCCUAUGAAUGUGAUGAGUGUGGUAAGAAAUUUAGUGAUUACACAAAUCUUCGUGUUCAUCAGAGAAUCCAUACAGGAGAAAAACCCUAUAAGUGUGGUAAGUGUGGUAAGGACUUCACUAGAAGUUCAGAUCUAGGUACACAUCAAAAAGUUCACACAGGAGAAAGGCCAUACAAGUGUGAUGUGUGUGGUAAGGGCUUCAUUGCAAGCACAAAACUUCUCAUUCAUCUUAGAGUCCAUACAGGAGAGAGGCCAUACACAUGUCAACAGUGUGGUAAAAGCUUUCGUAGAAGCUCAGAUCUAUCUACUCAUCAAAGAGUGCACAGUGGAGAGAGACCUUUUAAGUGUAGUUUCUGUGGCAAAAGUUUUAGGAGGAGCUCCAAACUCUAUAUUCAUCAGAGAAUCCAUACAGGAGAGAAGCCCUAUAAAUGUGAGCAAUGUGGUAAAGAUUUCAGUAGGAGCUCCAAACUUCAUAUCCACCAGAGAGUCCACACAGGGGAAAGGCCUUAUAAAUGUGAGGAAUGUGGUAAGGGCUUCACUCUUAGCACAAAUCUUUAUGCUCAUCAGAGAAUCCACACUGGAGAGAGACCAUAUAAAUGCGAAGAAUGUGGUAAAGCUUUCAGUCAGAGUACAAAUCUUCGUGUUCAUCAGAGAGUCCACACAGGAGAGAAACCUUACAAAUGUGAGGAGUGUGGUAAAAGCUUCAGUCUUAGCACAAAUCUUAGAGAUGCAGAUUUUCAAUAUGGGAAUUCAAAUUACUGA